AUGUAUUCUGUUAUCAGUAUUAUUGAUGUAUGUGUCUCAUUUAUCAUUUAUUGUAGGUACUCCGACUAACAGUAAACUGAUAUACCUCCCAACGGUCAUUGUAAUGGUCUCAAGGAUGCCUUACUUUAGACUCUUGAAGGAAGCACUAUCUGGUAUGUAUAGACUGUUAUCUGAGGAGGAGAGGGAGGAGUCAUUUUGGGAGACCAUUGAAGACGUGGCCAAUAAACUGUUUCUUGUAUCUUGUCUACCUGAAGGACUCCUCUCAUUAGAAGUAACUCUACCUGGUUUUUCAUCACCAACAAUCAUUAUGCCACCUAGAGGAGAUCUUCAUCUUGAUGUCAGAUUAAACUAUCAUUCUUAUGUCUUUUUGUUGAUAAUGUUCUCAAGGUUAUUUUUUUAUUAUUUUCAUCGCCAGUAUUAG